CAAGCAAUCCAAGCGGCGCGCACACACAUUUGCAUCCUUCCUGUUCCAGUUCAAUUGCGAGCUCUGAGUUCUCCCUUCCACAGCCCACUGAAAUGGCAAGCGUUAAGGUUUUCGGGUCACCCACCUCGGCGGAGGUCGCACGCGUGCUCAUGUGCCUCUUCGAGAAGGAUGUCGAGUUCCAGCUCAUCCGCGUCGACGCGUACCGCGGCCCCAAGCGCAUGCCCCAGUACCUCAAGCUCCAGCCGCACGGCGAGGCGCUCACCUUUGAGGAUGACAACAUCACCCUCUCCGAGUCGCGGGGGAUCCUUCGUCACAUUUCGCACAAGUACGCGAAGCAGGGCAACCCGGACCUGAUCGGCACUGGCGCGCUGGAGCGCGCGUCCAUCGAGCAGUGGCUGCAGACGGAGGCGCAGAGCUUCGACGCGCCCAGCGCCGAGAUGGUCUUCAGCCUCGCCGUCCUGCCGCCCUCCCUGCCCAAGCAGAACGACAACGGCAACGGCAACAGUUUUAACGGCAAAGACGCUGCCGUGGUCAACGCGUCGACCAAUCGCGUCGGCGCGGCUGCCGGGCCUGAGGCGGUGAACCAGUUGAGCGCGCACAAGGAGGAGGAGAUGCUGAAGCUGUUCGAGCAGAGGAAGAAGGACCUGGAGAAGCUCCUGGACAUAUACGAGCAGCGGCUGGAGGAGGCGAACUACCUAGCCGGCGACAACUUCACCAUCGCCGACCUGUCGCACCUGCCCAACGCCGACCGCCUCGCCUCCGACCCCCGCUCCCGCCGCAUGUUCGAGUCGCGCAAGAACGUGAACAGGUGGUGGUACGACAUCUCCAACCGCGAUGCGUGGCAGUACGUGAAGACCCUGCAGCGCCCGCCGGCCGCCGAGGAGCACGGCAAGAAGAACCAGCAGCCGCACUAGCCGUCCGCCGAGGAGCAAGUACGCCAGGAGCCCAGGAACUAUCAGGCGCCGUGCAGAUUGCGAGUGAACUCGAUCCCAAAAAUUGCUUGAUGUGUUUUCUGCUCUUAAUUGUGUCCUUUUCAGAUGCGUCGUCAUGGCGUAUUCUGAGUUCGUUGCAGUUUGCUGUUUUGAACUUUCGUGGUCUAGGGGUCUACAAGUCCAUUCGGCUUCCGCUGGAUGCAUGCAUCUUGUUCGUCGUGUAAUAAAAUGUAAGACCCUCCCUUUUUUUGGAUGAA